UCUUAUUCACCCUAUAAAACGCUCAUUUCUCAAUAUUUCUUCUCUCUAUAUUUAUUCUUUCUUUCCUCCUUUUUAUAUCUUCUCUUCUUUUUUAACUUCUCUUCUGUUUUUCUAACAAUGGAGUUAGAUAGCAUUUUGAAGUUUUUGGAGAACAAGGCCAUUUUAGUCACUGGUGGAGCUGGAUUUCUAGCAAAGAUAUUUGCAGAGAAGGUGCUAAGGUCUCAACCUAAUGUGAAGAAAGUUUAUCUUCUACUAAGAGCUGCUGAUAACAAAUCAGCUUCACUAAGAUUGCAAAACGAGGUGAUUGGAAAAGACUUGUUCAAAGUAGUGAAGCAAAAGAUGGGGGCAAACUUCAAUACCUUCAUACAAGAAAAGGUGACAGUGGUGCCAGGUGAUAUAACUUGUGAAGACUUGGCAAUCAAUGAAUCUAAAUUAAAGGAAGAAUUAUGGAGUGAUGUUGAUGUUAUUGUUAACCUAGCUGCAACUACCAACUUUGAUGAAAGGUAUGAUGCUUCGUUAUACCUUAAUACUUUGGGCGCCAAGCAUGUACUGGACUUUGCUAAGAAAUGUAAACACUUGGAGGUGCUCGUCCAAGUAUCGACUGCUUAUGUUUCGGGUGAGACGGCUGGACUAGUAAAGGAGAGUCCUUACUUCAUGGGAGAUACAUUGAAUGGGAGACCUGGGCUAGACAUCGAAGCCGAGAAGAGACUUGUUGAAGACAAAUUGGCGGAGCUUCAAGCUGAGGGAGCCACGGCAGAUACUAUCAAGUUAUCUAUGAGGGACAUGGGCCUUGAAAGGGCAAAGCACUGGGGAUGGCCAAAUGUUUAUGUGUUUACAAAGGCGUUAGGAGAGAUGGUACUACUCCAUGAAAAGGGAGACAUUCCUGUUGUUAUUAUUCGUCCUACCAUCGUCACCAGCACUUAUAAAGAACCCUUCCCCGGUUGGGUCGAAGGUAUUAGGACAAUUGACAGUUUAGCUGUUGCUUAUGGUAAAGGGAGGUUGCCAUGCUUCGUAGGUGACCCCGACUCGACUGUUGAUGUGAUUCCUGCUGAUAUGGUAGCCAACUCAAUCAUAGUAGCAGCCAUGAUUCAUGCAAAUCAACCUGGAAAUCCAAGGAUAUACCAAGUUGGAUCAUCAGUAAGAAACCCGACUUCAUUGACAACACUUCAUGAAGUAGCCUACCAGUAUUUCAGGAGGCAUCCAUGGAUUAAUAAGGAUGGAAAACCUGUCAUAGUUAGCCAUGUCAGGGUCUUAGGAUCCAUGGCUAGCUUCAAGCGAUACCUUACUCUUCAUUACUUAUUACCCUUGAAGGCCCUCGAAAUAGCGAACAUUGCAUUUUGUCAAUCCUUCAAGGGCACAUUUCUGGAACAGAGCAGGAAGAUCAACCAUGUGAUGCGGCUGAUAGAAAUUUACAGACCAUAUUUGUUCUUCAAGGGCUUAUAUGAUGACAGCAACACUGAGAAGUUAAGGAUGGCAGCAAAAGAUAGAGGAUUGGAAACAGAUAUAUUCUACUUUGAUCCUAAAGCUGUUAACUGGGAAGACUACUUCAUGAACACUCAUCUUCCUUGUUUAGUAAAGUACGUCUUCAAGUGAAACUACUCGCAACAGCAGCAGCAGCUUCAUUAGCAAUAAUUAAGCAGAGGAAGAAAGUCGGUCCAAGUGUUUAAAACAAAGAAAAUUUAUUAAAUUUAUUUAUUACACAAAUUUGCAAUAUGUUUAUUAAUUAUGUGCUUACUAUAUAGUUGGGACUGUAAUCAAGUUACUAUGCCGGAUCACAGUCUAAUCUAUUAUGUAAUUGGUGUUACAGUCCUAGAGAUUUGGAAGUAAUUCACCUAUCUUUUGGAUCAUUAUGACAUUAUUAUUAAAAUUAAUAUAUAUAUCUAUUCAUCUAUUGCCCUCGAAAAAAGGGUACC